CGUCACGUGGUGUUCACCUUCAUGCGCAGUUCAAGCCUGGCGGUUAUCAGGGUUGAUAUUCCCUCAAAGGUAGUCAAGUCUUUUCACAGCACACACCGGAUACCCCCUUCAAUCCUUUCAACACAUUGAAUCAAGUCAUUCUGGAGUUGAGUGGUGGUAAAGUCCGGGUCCGAAGACCUCCUUUUGCCGUCAAACAGGUCCUUUUGUGCGCAGGGUAGCCCUUGAAGUCGGCCAAGCCUGAAGGUACGCGGCCAUGUAUUAUUGGGUGGAUUGGUUGCGGGACAAAGAAGGGUGGGACAUUCAACGUAAAUAUCGUCAUGUCUCAAGUCUGGGGUCGGGACUUCACCCACAAACUGAAGAGCCAUGAUGCCGGUACAGUUUUCGAAAGGCCGGGUGCUGCUGGCUUUUGUGCUGAUGUCUUUUAUGGUGUUUGCAAUGUUCAAAUGGACCAAUCUCAAGAACAUCCAGAUUGUCUACAUGAAUAGUGGAGGUUCCCAGGAAAAUGUACCAGCACCUGCCCAGACAGCAACGCCUGCUGUGAUAUCAAAUCCAGUGCCAGGAGGACAACCCAUGCCCACACUGCAGGUGUUGAAGACAUUAGACAGACGGCAGCUGUCACAGAUAUACCACAAUUAUGUCAACAGCGUUCAGUUUUCGUGUAAGAAGAUGGUCAGGCGAGGCAACGUCGGUGACGGUGGCUGGAACGUUUGUGAAGACCCUCCAUAUAACAUCAAGACACCCUGCAAUAUUUACUCCUUUGGGAUCAAUUACGACUGGAGUUUCGACGAUGCAGUAGCUACAGCCUACGGCUGCCAUAUCCACUCGUAUGAUCCAAGCAUGACAAAAGUGAAAGAUCACGAUAGAAGACCAAACCUUCACUUCCACCGUACAGGCCUCAACGUAUCUGAUGAAACGAAUACAAUGGGCUGGCGCAUGCGCACAUUCAGCUCCAUCCUGAAGGAAAAUGGCCACUCGCAGGCCGUGAUCGACCUACUGAAGAUUGACAUUGACUAUUCCGAAUGGUGGGCAUUUCCAGAGAUGCUGAAAAGCGGGGCUCUGAAAAAUGUGAAACAGUUUUGUUUUGAGAUUCACGUCAAGCUGAAAUCUCACCCAGAGCCGGACAUAGACAAGUACCUGAGAGGUCUGGAGCUGCUGAGAGACUUCUAUAAUGCUGGAUUUAGGAUAUUCCAUACAAAUAAAAACAUGGAUGCCAAAUACAAGUCAAUGUUUGGCAUGGAGCGAACAGGUUGCCAUGAGAUUUACAUGGUGCGCAGUGACACACAGACAUUUGGGUAAAGAUCUGGUGACCAAGCUAACAUCUAAUGCAAUUUGGUAAAAGAGGGUCAUUUCAGGUCUCUAAAAAGGUGAAAAAAAUAUAUGUCUGGCAUUGGCUAUAAUUGCUUGUUAUUUCAUUUAUUAGUAUUGCAUUGACAAAUGAGGUUCAUCCUAAUGCAUAUUUUCUCCUCCAUCCAAAAAGUUGCUUAUUUGGCAAAGUAUUGAUUCUGGAUGAAAAGCGGGAUUAUUAUGCAAAUUCGAUGCAAGUUGUUAUGAAAACGUUGUUCUUAGUCUCCAGACAAAUGUAAUAAUCCAUAACAUUCCUGUAAACGGGGUUUACAACGGAGACCAUGUUUAUGUCCAUGCUUUACUAAGUACAAAUUUACCAUCUUCGCUUUUAAAGAAUCACACAUUCCCUCAUUGCAGGGACCAUAGAUACUAUUCAUUUAAAAGAUCAGUACAGAUGUCACAUUCUGCAUCAUUUGGGUUGAUGAUCACCAUGUUAGAUUUAAACAUACUGACUACAUAACGUAACGAAAGAAUCAUACAACCAUUUUCAACAAAUGUGCUCAAAUAUAUCAUUUUCUGAUAUUUUGGUAUCUGUACAGUUUCUUUUUUUAUGAUCACCAUGUUAGAUUUAAACAUACUGACUACAUAACGUAACGAAAGAAUCAUACAACCAUUUUCAACAAAUGUGCUCAAAUAUAUCAUUUUCUGAUAUUUUGGUAUCUGUACAGUUUCUUUUUUUAUGAUCACCAUGUUAGAUUUAAACAUACUGACUACAUAACGUAACGAAAGAAUCAUACAACCAUUUUCAACAAAUGUGCUCAAAUAUAUCAUUUUCUGAUAUUUUGGUAUCUGUACAGUUUCUUUUUUUAUGAUCACCAUGUUAGAUUUAAACAUAUUGACUACAUAACGUAACGAAAGAACCAGACAACCGUCUUCUACAAUUGUGCUCAAAUAUAUCAUAUUCUGAUACUUUGGUAUUUGAAUGCAUUUCAAUCUUCAUUGAAACAUAUGUUUCAACAUUAUGAAUGCAUAACGAUAGAACCAUACUGUACUGAGUUUAGGAAAUCACAUUUUCUACCCAAAAUGUGCUUAUUUCUCAUAGUCCGAAUAAUUUUGUUUUAUAAAUACAUUUCAUUAUUGAUUGAAACAUGUGAUUACGAUACGAUACAUCGUUGUAGGAUCAUUUGAACAUAAUGUGAAUCUCGAAAAUGGCUUUGGCCGUCCAUAUGUUUAUGUGUUUACGAUCUCCCUUCAGCCCUGAAUUUCGUUCCGACGUGAAAUAAGGUUUUCCUAUCUCAAUUUUUCAUGUCGUCUGGAAUGAUGCACGGAUGAGAUACAAAAAUACUCACACCCUGGCAGAGUUAUGAAGGAAGAGAACAGCUUGAUCCUUCAGCCUCUACUUGUAUUUUUAAACAUGUUUCGCAAAUCGACUUGAUCUACAUGAUGGUUUAUUUAAAGUCUAUUAACAAGCCAUCCAGAUUUUACUAUUUACAAAUUAUGUUGUACAAUUAGUGAAAUAACAAUUUUAUUGUUUUUGUUUUUAUUUAAUCAUUUUUGCUUUUCCGCUCUUUUAAACGCUGUGAAAAAAGUGAAAAAUGAAAAGGUAGAGAUGGUCUUAUUCAGCAAAUUAUAAUUUGUGGGAAUAUACUGAAGUAUCACAUCACACAUCUUCACUUUGAAGAUCCUUUUUAUAAUUGAUCUUCUCCAACCCAGGCUUGUCGUGUGAGGCGACAAACGGGAUUGGGUGGCCAGGCGCUCCAGGCUGCAUAUCUCAGUAUCUCAAUGGCGUAUAUCGAUGCUGGUGGUGUCAAUCAGUAUAAUGACUGGUACAGGUUCGAUUAUUUGCAGAUCGACCUCAUAUGAUUGUUAUAUUGCUGAGUGCGCCGUUAGAAAAACAAACAUCCCAUAAUGCAUUAUUUAAAUACGCAUCUUGCCUAUCUUUAUCCCUUUUUUACAACAUGUAUUUUUAUUUGACAUUUCGGGGUUUGAUUUACCUUUAAUUUGUACUCCUGGAUUUUACAAUGGGAUGACAUGUUAACAUUCAUGCAGUUAUGUGCUGAAGGUGCUAAAGUCUGUGGUACAUUUCUUUGUUUGGAAUAUGAUGGCAUUUGCAUGGGGAAUUUUUAGAUUAAAGUAAGAUUCAAUGAUUGUUAGCAUCUCCAAAUUACAUAUUAUAUUUUUUUAUCGUUUGACAUGAUGGACCUCUAAAACCUCACCUCAUGGAUGAUGAAAAAAGGGUAAGGCUGCGGGACUUGUAGUCCCGUCUACAUACAUCCUAUUGUGAUAGGCAGAUACUGCUGAAUGUUGGUGACAGGCAAACAAGGCGAAAAUAAUGCCCUCCAAAACCUACAUGUGUCUUACUGCGGGAUUUGAUGUCGUGUUGUGGGUGUGACGCAGUGUGUUAAUUUGAAAUCGGUAUGUUUUCAGACUGGAUGUUUCGGGUUUUAUAUCAGCAGAUUUAGAAUGGAAUAUUUACUACUACUGCUAUUGUUGUUGUUGCUGCUGUCAUUAUAGACCCGGGAAGCUUUGCUUGUCUGGUGGCCUUUGCUUGCUGUCAACAGCCAGGAUGUCUAGUGAUCGAAAUUUAGCUUUUUGUGCGUUCGGAAACAUAGUUAUCCUUUUAAGUUAUUUGCUCUCGAUGGAUAUGUGUUGAAUGAUGUAAUAAUGUGAAGGCUGUACUGAGUGUAUAUGUGUUGAAUGAUGUAAUAAUGUGAAGGCUGUACUGAGUGUAUAUGUGUUGAAUGAUG